AUGCGUUUCCUCCCUCUCGUUGCCGGCACUGCCGCUGCCUCUGCUGUCGCCAUCCGCAGCACCAGCGACAACAUCAAGUGCACUGACUCUCUCUACGUCCUCGUCGGCCGUGGCACGACUGAGCCUGCUGGUCCUGGUUCCGCCGGUGUCCUGGCCGACAAGAUUGCCGGCAAGAUCAAGGGCACCGUUGUUGGCUCUGUCGAUUAUCCCGCCAGCUGGAGUGACCCCAACUACCAGGUCUCUGAGACAGAAGGUGCCGCUGCUGUCAGCAGCGAGAUGACCAAGUACAACGCUGCCUGCCCCAAGGCCAAGAUUGCCUACAUUGGCUACUCCCAGGGUGCCCAGAUUGGCUCCGACGCCUUUUGCGGUGCCAACGUCCAGCUCUUUGGCAAUGUGACUGCCUUUAACAGCGACUUUGUGACGAACAAUGUUGUCGCCGCCGUUCUCUUCGGCGACCCUAGCCACAACACCACUGCUCCCUUCAACAAGGGCACCAGCACAAAGAGCGGCCUCUUCCCCCGCACGGACUUCUCCAAGUGCGCAAAGUACACCGACAGACUCGUUUCCUACUGCGAUGAAGGCGACCGCUACUGCGCCUCUGGCAGCGAUGUCGCCGUCCACGGCGAGUACAUCACCAAGUACGGCGACGACUUUGUCAAGUACAUUGUUGACCACUACAACGCUGCUGCCGGCACUACCUCCAACAGCGGCAACGGCAGCACCAUCACCGGCUCUAGCAACUCUACCACCGGCGUCAGCAAGCCUACCCCCUCUGCUACCGGCAACAACAACGGCAAGCCCACUGGCUCUGGUACUCCCGCUGACAAGAGCGCCGCUGCUGGCAUCCAGGCCAAGAUUGGUUACGCUGCUGUCCCUGCCGCCAUGGCUGUUGCUGCUCUCUUCCUGUAA